AUGGCGGACACCGGCAGUCAACAAAUGGAACUAUUAUUUUUUGAUACAUUUUCUCAUGAAAAUACAGAGGAAUUGAAUCUUGAUCUUGUGCAAUUUCCAUGCCCAGUUAUAAUAUAUGAAAUAAGAGUUAUCCCACUUAGAACGCAGGUACAAGCAGAUUUACCUGGUGGUGUAAGACUUGGGGCAACUAAUCCAUCUACUUUUAAACUAGAACUAUUUGUCAAUAACCUGAAUAAACCAAAUUCCUCCACAUUUGAAAAUAUUGGAGUAUUACAGUAUAAAGAAAAUAAUAUUCAACUCAAGCCCAAUGAAGAUGUACCAACAGAUGGGUUGAUUAUCAAAGGCUGGUAUAACACAAUUACACUGGCUGUAUAUGGAUUGUUGACAACUGUUCUACCAAAAGAAAGAUCAUCUCCCCCUCCCCCACCUCCUCCAGCUCAACCACCUAGAGCUAAAGUUGAGAAUCGACCACCUGAACAAGUUAAAGUUGAUCAUAGACCUCUACCACCACCCCAACAGCAACAUCCACUGGACUACAUACAGCAACAAAUACAGUUACAGCAACGGUUUCAACAACAAGCUGCUACACAUCCUGUACAACCCCCUCCAACUAUCACACCACCUCUAGCUGUUCAUCAACUUACACAUGGUCCACCUCCUGUAAGUCAAGCACAUAACUACCCCCCUCAGAGAGAAAAAUAUCCCCCACCUCAAAAGCCAGAAAGAGAUUAUCCUAGUUUUCCACCAGAACCAAAGGAACCGUUUGAGCCACGAGAUCAGCAUGAUGAUGCUCGUUCAAGGGAUUCCUAUGAAUGGGAAUUUCGAGGAAGACGAAGUUCAAGGGACAGCCGAGAGAGAUCUCAGUCGCGAGAAUCUUCUCGUGAGCCUAGAGAUUAUAGAGACAGUCGAGACAGGGAUAAUGAUAGAGAUAGAGAUAGUGACCGGGAAAGAGAUAGAGAAAGAAUGCGUGAUCGAGAUAGAGAAUGGGAAAGAGAAAGAGAUUUAGAAAGGGAUAGGGAACGAGAGCGAGAUCGAGAGCGUGAUCGAGAAAGGGAACACGAAAGAGAACGGGAAAGGGAACAGAGAGAACGGGAAAGAGAACAGAGAGAAAGGGAGAGAGAGCAGGAUAGGGAAAGGGAACGAGACAGGGAAAGAGAACGUGAUCGAGAAAGGGAUCGUGAACGAGAAAGAGAGCUGGAAAGAGAUCGUGAAAGAAGUCCAGUAUAUGAAGAAAGAGAUGCUAGACCUAGAACACCACCAAUACCAAGAGCUAGAUCUAUAUCACCAGAUAGAUCGGAAUCUAGAUCACCUAUACCUCAUCCUACAGUAGCACCACAACCACCACCAGAACCAGCUGAACCUAGAGAAGAAGAUGUGGAAUCAGGAGAAUUGGAAGAAGAUAUUUAUGAAAGUCUAUCAGACGAGAAUUCACCAGAGGACAUGUUUGCACCAGAAGGAGAAGUUGAAGCUGAUAAUGACACACAGGAUGAUGAUGGUGCUAGUUAUGAAGAUAUUUCAUCAGAUGAUGAUAUGAUGGCAGCUGAAGUGGAUGAAUUACAGGGUAUUGAGCUCUAUGAUCUGGCAGAUGAUCCAUGGAAUUUUGCUACAGCCAGUUUUAAUCCACUACAAUGUGAACUUGUACCUCUGGAGAGUUUUCAAGAUCCAGCAUUAUCUGUGUAUGAAGCAGAAGGAAAAAUAUUAGAAACUACUGAGACGAGUGAAAGACCUGAGGAAGCCCAGACUAUACUAGAUAUACUACAACAAUUUACAGAUACACAACAUCAUGACAAAUGGGUAGAAGCUAUGGAAACAGUACCUAAUCUAUUAGAAAAAGGUCUCAAUUAUCUUCUAGUUAAAGACAAAAAUACUGAUGUUUUGGAUAAACUGUUGUCUUGGACUAUGGAAGGUGUAGAUCUAGAUUUAGCGAUGAAACAACCAGAAUCAGCUUAUAAAGUGCGACAUUUAAAGAUGGGAAUUACAUUAGCUGGUACCCUUGCAUCUUUAAAUCCAGAUAUAGCUAAGAAAAUCAUUACACAAGAUAUACAACACAAAUUAAUAGAUUUAUUUGUCAGUCCAUACAUGUCAUUCAGUGUUAAACUCUUGAUAGUACGAGCUUUAGAUAAUACUGUUAGAUAUGUUGAUGGUUUAAAUUGGUUUCUGGGAAUUCACACUCAACAGACAUCUGCUAUGCAACAAGAUCAAGUCACAUGUUAUCAAAGAACAUUAGAAAUAAUGUUGGGCAAACAGUUAGUAAGAACAACUGUAGCUUUGACAUGUUUUUUGAGGAAGAUUCAUAUUUAUGAAGUAAUGAAGAAUUUGUCUAGAGCUGUAAAUGGAAUUGUAGAUAAUUUAUCUGAAGACAGUACAGAAGAUACAACAGAUAUAGAUGUAGAAUUAUCUACUAAUAUUUGUACAGAGAGUGACAUAGAUAACAUUGUUACAUGUUUGGAGGAAAUUUAUAAAGUUCUUGUUUUAGCUCCUGAUCUUAUAGCUCAGCCAAAAAGAUCAUUGCCUACGACUAAUCCAUUUGAUAAAGGUAGUGCACAUAGUGAUCCAUAUCCUAGUUUAUAUUAUAUAGCUAAUACUUGUAAUCUGCUACAGUCAUUGUUUGUAUUAGUAUCUUCACCAUCAUUAUUUACCCAAGCACCAAUAUAUCACAGUGUUCAUAAUAUACUCAAAUAUCUCUUAAAAUCACAGACUGGUCUCUUAUAUCUGUCUUCUAACUCAGAGAUAACUAAUGGUAUUAUAAGAUCACUUUUACAAGUUAGUACUCAAGUAAGGAUUAAGUGA